AUGCACACAAAGUUACUGUAUACGCACUUGCACAAGUGGCAUCAUGUAAAUAAGAGUCCUGAACCAUUUGAUGAUAUGCUUAUACAUCCGCUGGAAGGGUUUGGCUACUACUUUAUACUUUGGGGCCCUGCAUUCCUGUUUCCGCAAGACGUCAAGUAUGAAGGACUGCUACCCAUACUUCAGUUUAGUGUGCUCAGUGUCUGCUUCAAUAGGUUCUUCUUCUUACUCUACCUCCUGCCAAAUGGAAUCUGCGGCAUCCUAGAUCACUGUGGGAUCAAUUUCGACUUUGGAGUCUAUGCGGCGCGGGAUCACGACCUUCACCAUGAAAAGUUUAAUGUUAAUUACGCAUUUCCACUUCCCAUAAUGGACAUCUUGUGUGGAACAUACGAAGGAUCCUAUUUAGGAGUACGGUAUAUACCGACAAGGAAGCUGAGGGGUCGAUUUGGGGUAGAGACGAGAGACUUGCUGGUUUCGUCUGUAAUCAAGUCAGCUGGUAUCGAGAAGGCCAAGCCACGACGAUCGUCGAAAGGGAGGGCCGUCAACCAGUAA